CACUACUACUACUAUUACAACAAAUAACUCGAUAAGAAAACGGUAUAAAUAGACUCUUCUCGACCAUUAUUCAUCUCGCACCCUUCUUCACGCGGUAAUAAACCGUCGCUUGUUCCACCCUCUUCUCCUCAGAGCUGUACAAAAAGCUUAUCACCAAUUAUCAAACGGCUCAUCCUCCUCAGCAAACUCAACAUGACAGCAGACGAUACCAAGGCCGCCACGAGCACGUCUGUGCAGGCAGACGGUGUGGAAGGGACCAAGACUGCCAAUGCCACCCGCAGUUCGGACAUCAAGACUGGCCCCUCGCAUCCCCUCGGCCCUCUGACAAAAGACGAGAUAUCUCGGUCGUCUUCUCUGAUCAGGGCACAGUGGCCCGAAGGGACCAAGUUCCAGUUCAAGAUUAUCACCCUGCUGGAGCCGCCAAAAGCUGAGCUGGCUCCAUAUCUCGAGUCGGAGAAAGCGGGUCAGGCACCUAAGCCGAUCGAGAGAAAGAGUCAGGUCGUUUAUUAUCUGAGAAACACUGACAAACUCCACGAGGCUACCGUCAACCUCACGGCCAACAAGGUCGAGAGCAAUGUCCGCCUCGGCCCCUUCAUCCACGCCCCUGGUGAUGGAGAGGAGCUCAUCGCCAUCGAGAAAGUCUUGACGGAGGAUGAGGGCGUCAAGGCCGAGAUUGCCAAGUUGAAGCUCCCCGAGGGCACUGUGGUGGUCUCGGAUCCGUGGAUCUAUGGUUCCGAUGGCGUUCAUGAGGGGCUCUUUUCCGACCACAAGCGUGUCAAGCAGUGCUUCCUCUACAUGCGUGACCCGGCCAACUCCUCAGAGCCAGACAGCUGCCACUACGCAUUCCCACUUCCCAUUUCUCCAGUCGUCGAUACGGUCGACCACAAGGUGAUCCGCAUCGACAUCUUGCCUACGGGCCACGACAGCACAAUCAAGCCCCUGGAGCCCUGGAAAGGCCCUGUCCCUCCCAACGAGUAUAUUCCCGAAGCCCAACCCAACGGUCUCCGCAAGGAUCUCAAGCCUCUGCAGGUCGUCCAGCCUGAGGGCGCCUCGUUCACCGUCUCCUCGUUCAGCGAGCUGGGCAAGACCAUCAAUUGGCAGAAGUGGGACUUCAAGGUCGGCUUCAACCAGCGAGAGGGCAUGGUCCUCUACGAUGUCUACUAUGACGGUCGGCCUCUCUUUCACCGGCUAUCGCUGUCAGACAUGGCCAUUCCCUACGCCGACCCGCGCCACCCCUUCCACAAGAAACAGGCCUUCGACCUGGGCGAUGUCGGCGCGGGAAUCAUGGCAAACAACCUCUCCCUCGGGUGUGACUGUCUCGGCUCCAUCUACUACAUCUCUGGCGUCUUGCCCGACAGCGAGGGCCGACCUGUGGACUAUCCGAAUGUGGUAUGCAUCCACGAGCAAGAUUCAGGUCUACUGUGGAAGCACACAAACUACCGCACCAACCGUGCCGUCGUCGUGCGCAACCGCGAGCUGGUCCUGCAGACCAUCCUGACUGUGUCUAACUACGAGUACAUCCUCGCGUGGAACUUCAACCUGGCCGGCGACCUCACGUAUGAGGUGCGCGCUACGGGCAUCCUGUCCACACAGCCAGUCGAUCUGGACCUGUCCACCACACCGCACCCAUAUGGCACCGUUGUGCACCCCGGCGUGCUGGGUGGGUACCACCAGCACUUUUUCUCCCUGCGUGUUGACCCCAUGGUCGGCGGGAGGGGCAACCAAGCCGUGGUGUAUGAGGAGGCGCACGCUAUUCCGCGGGACAGCAAGGAGAACCUCCAUGGCGUCGGCUACACUGUCAAGCGCACACCUAUCACCACGUCUGGUGGGUAUGACCUCGACGUAGCGAAGAACAGGACUUUCAAGAUCAUCAACACAGGCAUCAAGAACCCCGUCAACGGCUCGAACGUCGGGUACAAGAUCCACGUUCCCCCGAUGCAGCCCAUGCUUGCUGACAGCGAGUCUUACCACUUCAAGCGUGCCGAGUUUGCUGAUCACAACAUCUACGUGACCAAAUACGCCGAGAACGAGCUCUUUGCGGGCGGCUACUACACCAACCAGUCGCGGGGCGGGACAGGCGUGCGCUCAUGGGCCGACCGCAAGGACAAGCUGGGAGAGGGCGGCGAGGAGCCCGUCGUGUGGGUGCAGUUCGGCAUCAACCACAUCCCCCGCAUAGAAGACUUCCCUGUGAUGCCCAUGGAGAUGCUCAAGGUGACGCUACGACCAGUCAACUUCUUUGAUCGCAACCCAGCGCUGGACGUCCCGCCGAGCAGGCAGGAGGUGAACCGCAGCACGGCCCUGAAUGGCAUUACGAAGGCAAUCUAGAGGCUACCUCUGUAGAUAGAUGCAUCGUUGAUAGAAGAAGCUGGUGAAACGCAGAAUCUGGUGUUCAGGGCACAUGCCAUUUUUUUAUUUUACCUUUUUUGCGUUCGUAGUUCUAAUGAUUCGUGUUCUUUCUAUGCACAGGCAGCAGCAGUCUCGCGCAUGCCAGUGAGACAUUGUCAAUUCCAUUUUGGCUCUAGAUAUCAUGAACAUCGUCAUUUCACAC